CAGCAGCAUGUUUAAAAAGAAAGCGAGGAGGAAUUUUCGGCAGCGGAAAGAUGAAUCGAGUGAUGAAGAUGAGCAUGAGGAAGCCAGUGAUGAGAUAAAGCCAUCAGAGAGUUCAGUACAGAGCAGUAAACAGGUUCAAGUAGCGAGGAGAGGAAUAACAUGCAGCUCUAAACCUAACAGUAACAGCAGUACUCCACCACACAGAGUCAGUACUGAAUACACUGCUACUGACUGUACACCUGAUCCAUUUAAAACUACUGACAAUCCAGAACCAGCCAAGAGGAACCACCUCAGCUUCCUACACGAGAGAGAGGGUGCAGAUGAAUGUGACUUCAAACUGAAAAGGUCUGAAAACAAAGCUGUGGUUUUCCAGGCUCGUAAAAAGGAACAAUCACCGGUCAAAUUAAAUCUUCUUCAGCAAGAUGCAAAAGACGUGGAUCUGAAGGAAGAAUCUGAGAGCAGUUCAGCUGAGGACCUGCCCCCAGACAGCAACGAUGAAACAAACUCUACCACGUCCAGCUCUUUUACUUCUUCCAGCUCUUCUAAAACUCAAAAAGUUACCAUUCCCAAUGCUGAAAAGAUCCGUGCAGCUAAGGCACAGAGGAGGAAAGCGAGAGCACGGCGUGAAUACAUUCCCUUGGAUGAAGAUCAGGAAAAUGAGUCAGGGAUCGAAGACAGACAGCAGGAUGAGAGCGAUGAGGAUCAGGGCAGCGAUGAUGGGCCUGAUGAUCAUGAACGCAGGAUUGACUUUGCACCUAAACCUAAAACGAUUAGGGAGCGGAUGGCUGAGAAAAUGGGUAUUAGUGGAAGUGAGGGCAGCUGCUCAGAUAGCCAAGAGGAGGAGGACCAGCACCUCUGGGAGGAGCAGCAGAUAGGAAAAGGAGUAAAAAGGCCCCAGAAACCAAGCAAAGAGCAUGUGAGACCUCGCAGACAGAAAAAAAUGGUUGACAUCCCUGAAACACUGCCACCGAUCAACAUCAGUGUUAUUAAAAAAAGGAUCACUGGAAAGCUGGAGUCUCUAAAAGAGGUGCACAGAGCACGGGAAGCUGAGCUUAGAAGGAUGCAAUCGGACAUGGAGAGUGCCAAGAGCUCACUGGAGAGUCUGGAGAAUCACCCCGCUGCUGAGCAGCUCCACUUUUACCGCAGCAUGAGUGUCUUUACUCAAAACCUGCUGGAUUGCCUAUCGGAAAAGAUGCCAUUGAUAAACUCAGUGGAGAUGGACAUGCACAGUCUGUAUAUUGACCAGGCAGAGGCACUGUUGUCUCAAAGGCGAGAAGCAGUGCAGCAGCAGUCUACAAACCUCCAACACCUGACAUAUGGCACUAAUCAACAGAAAAAUGGGGAUGCAAUGAAGACCAGCUCAACGAACAACAGUGAGCCUUUCGAGGAAGAUUAUGGGAGUGUUCCAGCUGACUUGAAACCAACUGAUGACCAGAAGGCAGAACUGCUGACUAAAAGAGCUGACAUACUACAGAAAUGUCAGGGAAUUUUCUCUGAUGUUCAAGAGGACUUCUCCAGUGUAAAAAAAAUCCUAUCCAGGUUUGAUGAGUGGCGAGUUUCAUUUCCAGAAUCUUACACUAAUGCCUACAUCAGUCUGUGCCUUCCUAAAAUCCUGGCUCCUCUAAUACGACACCAGCUUAUAGGCUGGAAUUCUCUCUCGGCAGAGGGUGAAGAUUUUGAGGCACUGCCAUGGUACUCUGCAGCCGAGAAGUUCUGUCAUGGCCAUGGUUAUGAGGAAUCCGAGAAUGUUGAUAAAACAACACUGCCUGCUAUAAUAGAGAAGACUGUUCUGCCCAAAAUACAAGGAUUUGUGGAGCUUGUAUGGGAUCCCUUAUCUUUUCACCAGUCUCAGUGUCUCACAGCUCUUUGCAAGAGGAUACAGGAGGAUUACUCUGUUUUUAAUGGGGAACAAAGCAAACCUGUGAAGGCAUUUGUGGAAGCUGUUAUCCAGAGACUCAGGAGUGGUGUGGAUAAUGACGUGUUCAUCCCACUUUAUCCAAAAAUUUACUUGGAUGAUAAGACAUCCCCACAGUUCCAGUUUCAGAAUGUUCAGUUUUGGAGUGCUGUUAAGUUGCUCGGAAACAUGGCAUUAUGGGAUGGCUUAUUAUCUGAAGACUUUCUGAAGGAGUUGAUGCUGGACAAACUUCUGAAUCGUUACUUAAUGAUGACUCUUCUCAAUGAGUCUGAUCCGAGCCAUGUCAUACACAAAUGCAAAAAGGUAGCUGAUUGUUUUCCAAAAUCCUGGUUUGAGGAUGUGAGAAAUGCGACUCUGUCUCAACUGCAAAACUUCAGCAAGCACCUUUCACAGACUGUUGAUUUGUUAGGGAAAGGAUCCAACAACAAGCAUUCAGCCAGCUUUAGGGCUGUUUUAUCUGAUGUGAUGAAGAUUCUUAGGAACAUCAAGGCACAUGAGAUGGCAGAGCUUAUAGCAGAAAAGUAUAACUGUCAGGAUUUGCUGCAAUCUUUAAAUGAGUAAUGUUAUGUAAACAGUGUAGCAAAAGAUUUUAUACACAAGAAAUAAAUGCAUUUUUCAUGGUUUAA